AUGGCUCAGCAACCCGGCGACCAGAAGAACACCGUUGACAAGCUCACGGAUACUGCCUCUUCGAUCGGCACUAACGUCAAGGAGACCGGCGAACACUACGCCAACAAGCCCGAGGUCGACAAGGCUGGCGACAAAGCUCAGUCCGUCGGACAGAACAUUCAGGGUACCGCUGCGCACUACGCCGACAAGACUGGUGCCUCCGAUGCCACCAACAAGGCCAGCGCUGCAGGAACCAACGUCUUGGAGACGAUUCAGCAUGAAGCCAACAAGGCCAACCAGUCAGCCCCGGGUGAGAAGACCUACCUCGAGCAGGCUCAACACAUGGCCGCCAGUGCCCUUAACACUGCCAGCAAGACAGCUAGUGACCUUGCCAACUCCAUUUCCGGUGCCGGCCAAGAGAAGAAGUAA